CACUGUGACCGCUCCUCCCGCUUCUGAGGACCGUCCCGUCGCUCCCACACAUCACUCCACCGGCUCUGCCCGUCACGCCCAAAGACUCUCGUGGGGCAGUCGCAAUGGACCAGGCGGAGCUGUACUCGCGGUCCAACGGGCUCCAGCGGUGGGAGGCGUCGGCGGCGCUGGAGGCGGCGUGGCCGUCGCUGCGGUGGCCGGCGCCGCCCCUGCGCGUGCUCGACGUGGGCUGCGGCGCCGGAGACGUCACCGUCGACCUGCUACUGCCCAGGCUGCCUCCACACACACAGCUGGUGGGCACAGACGUGUCGGCUGCCAUGGUGGAGCACGCCGCGGAACUAUACGGGGCGGCGCACUCCGGCCUCAGCUUCCAGCUCCUCGACAUUGCCGACCCUAACAUCGACGCCUCGCCCGUCUACCAGCUGGCGCCAUUCGACAAGAUCUUCUCCUUCUUCUGCUUGCACUGGGUUCCGGAGCAAAGGCAAGCAGCUGAAAAUCUACACCGACUACUGAAACCAGGCGGUGAAGUGGUCCUCUCACUGCUGGCCCACUGCCCCAUCUUCAGCGUGUACGAAGGACUGGCGCACAAACCCCAGUGGAAAGAGUACAUGCAGGACGCAAGCCGCUUCAUUUCGCCGUACCAUCACAGCGAGGACCCGGCGCGUGAGAUGAAUGAACUCCUGUGCCGUGCCGGGUUUCGAGUGACGCUCUGCACCCAGCAGCAACGAUCCUUCACUUUUCCCGGCCACAGCGCCCUCAUAGAAGCCGUGACAGCCGUGAACCCGUUUGUGGAGCGCUUGCCAGAAACGCUGCAGCAAGCGUUCCUAGAAGACUGCAUGAAAGAAGUUCUGCGACAAAAGCUCGUGUCGAUAGAAGACGAUGCUGACAGCAAUAACAAUAGCAACGUCAGUAACAAGAGCGGGAACAACGCAGUCGACGCCAACAGCAAGAAGUUCACCACGCGCUAUAGCGUGCUCACUGUCGUGGCAACGAAGUCUGCAGCACAAAACGGCGUUCGAACUACACGUUGACUAGGCCGGAGAACACAACGAUAAGCGGUAUCUGCAGCCGUCACGAGUAGAAUGUGGUAGUUGCGGCAGGAUGUUCGUAGAUGUCCCGCCAAGUUCUUCCCCCCGUAGUCCUCAGUGCGCUACGGCAGUCGGAGAAUAGUACCACAGGUUAUUUCACCACCUAAUCCUGUAGGCAACAUCCUGUGUCUCCGUGGUCUGUAAAAGUUCAACCUCAUGGUACUUGAGAUGGGUAAAGCACCUUGGAUAGGAAAGUUCUCGUCGGGUGUAAAAAGCACGACAGGAUUGUCAUUCAUAGAUCUGUGUAGCUAAUGAUAAUUAAUUAACAUUCACUAGCACAUCUUAAAAGAGGCACUGAAGAUUAAAUAAUCAUAAGUUAAAAGCGCAUGGACAUUCCUAUACUCCUACACUGUGAUCCCAUGUGCAAUUCAUACAUUUUCCAAACUGUGUACCUAUAACACUUAUACCAAAUCAUCUCUCAGAGAACCAUAUCUUACUCAGUACGAAAACUGUAAUGAAGAUAUUCUUCAUCAUUAUUCUUCCAUAUUUUUUAGGGCAAGUGGCCUUUUGGAUGCCGAUACAAUAUCAAGCUCUAUGUUAAGCAUAGUUUAUGCAGAUAUGCACAGUUUAUAAAGAUGUGCGCGACGUAAACGCAUCGUAAUGUUGAUAGCGAAUUAGGGUUUCAGACGGAGAGUACAAGUUUUCGAGACUGGAGGAGGGGUGAUGGGAACAAAAUGUGACAGUUGACACAUGAAUAAAUUAAUAGAAUCUCUUAUGACAUCAAGAAUGGACGGGGUAGUGUAACCGUUUAUAGUUUCCCUGUGAACAGUCUUCUCUGUAGGAUUGUCUGAUGACUACAUAGUCACAUGUUAUUGAUUACAUGUUAUUGAUUACAAUAAAUACUCUAACGCAGUGA